UCUAGGAACCUGACGCGCGAAGCUCUUGUCAAGUUCAAGUCUUGCGAGGAUCUUGGCGAGAAAGAAGCUUUUUGCUGCCUCCAUUGACGCGGCUGGCAGCUUUGUUGGAGAGUCGCGCAGACGUGGCCUGCCUGUAACCUGAGCCACGCAGCUGGCGCGCCUUCUGCCUGCCUGAGAAGGAGCAGGAUGUUUCUGUCAGAGCUUGUAGGGGCGGGGACUGGCAGCUUCAGCACAAGGAAGUUUCCAAACAUCGCCGGGUUUCCUUCCCGGUUGCCGCCAUUAUGCCAGAAGUGCACAUAUAGAGAGAACGACGAGAGAGUGAAAGACGGCCUGAGCUUCAAGCCUUUUUUUCAUACCAGUCUUAUUGCGAUCGUUUGCGGCAGGACAUGGCUUUUCUGACAAGCAGCGGCAGACUGAGUGAGCAGCUGGUGGACAAAAUCGUGCUUCAGCUGAACAGAGUUUAUCCUCAAAUUCUUACCAAUAAAGAAGCAGAAAAGUUUCGAAAUCCAAAAGCUUCUCUUCAUAGUCGGUUGUCAAGCCUGAUUGCCCACUUACAGAAGAGAGGCGACAAGCCAUGUCAAGAGUUUUACCGCGCUUUACAGAUCAAUGCUGAACAACUGUAUAUCAACUUGCCAAGCAGGAAAAGUCUAAAAACCUCAGAUUCCACAGGGAUAAACCCUGAGAAGGAGAAAUGUGUUCUAAAUGACAGGGGCUCUACAUUCUUCCUUGCUUGUUUCGGUGUUGCUGCAGGAUUAGCAUUCUUCAUGUAUUGCUGUAACCCAGGGUCAAAAGUCUUAGGAGGAGCCAAGAAAGUGUUGGGAUUUUCCCCAAUCAUCAUAGGAAGGCACAUUAGCAAUAUUUGUCUGUUAUACCUGGAAGAUACAUCAAGGAAACAAUAAGAACAAACUGACUUUGUAGCCCAGUGCCUAAUAUCCCUGCCAAUGGAGGGGCUGCAUUGCAGAAAGAUAUGCUCUUUUCUUAUACCAAAGAUAUACCUAAGUGGCUUUUAACAGUGUAUAUUUACAGUGUAUAUUUACUGCGUUUUUGAAAGGUCAACUACAUAUGCCUUUCACUUGUUGGUGUGGUUCAUUUUAUUUUUAUAAGCUUAUUUUAAACUAUUUAUCACUUGGAUAAAAAUUGUUUUUUUUAACAGAAGCCUUUUAAUGCACACCCAAAGUUGUUUUGAAGUCUUAAAAGAUGCCAAAGUGUAUUUGUAUCAAUUGAUUCUGGGCUAGAGGGACACACAAAAUGAUCCCCAUUCUAAAGUGGGUAGUGUUAUUGUCAAACCUUGAGUUUCAUGUGUAAGUCCUCCUGAUCAACUUUGCUUGGUGGAGAAUGGACAGAGAGAAGGAAUCCACUUUUGCAAGUAUAAAAUUCUAUAUGGCUAGUGGGAAUAGUCACAGAAGACAUUCUGAUUAGUCCUCAUGAUAGAUUCAGCCAGUCCAAUAGCAUAGUGGUGGAUCCUCUGUGUAAAUAGCAAACUCUCUUGGUUUUAGAUGAGAGAUUUUUUAAAAGAUGUUAAUUUAUGUGCAACACUUGAAACAAAUGAACCCAAAGCCUUAUUAAGCCAGGAGUGUAUAUUUUGUACUUUUGGAUUUCAGGAGGACUAUCUGUUCUUUCUGUCCUUUGUACAGUGCAAGAGCUCAGAGUGACAUGCAGCAAUUCAGGCAAAAACUAUCUUUUUUUGUUUUGUUUUGUUUUGUUUUUGUUUACCAGCCCAACUGUGGAAGAUUUCCUGUCAUCUCUUCUACCAGGUUCCCAGGACACAAUUUCAUUAUGUGGGAAGGAAUUUUACAAGGUCCAAAGGGCUGGAUUACUCAUUACACAUUGCGGGGGAAAGUAGUUUGUUAUAAAAUACACCACUUGUACUUUGUGAUACUUAUAGCAAAGUUACUAAAAUGACCCACAGGUCCACCCACCCGCCCCCUGUUUAAGCAGAUGAAUUUGUGCCUUUAACAUUCAUGCAUGCCUUUACUACAUAGGCCCAUUUAAUUGUUCAGCAAAAUAGUCACUCUCCUAAAACUAGUGAGUUGGCCAGUGACAGAGAUGCUCCUAAAAUAUAAUAACUUGUCAUCUAAAACUCUGUGUAUGUGUGUGGGUGUCUUGCAAAUAUUUCCUCACCAUUUGUAACUGAAACCCUGCAAAAUCCCUCCUCUCUGAGUAGCGUCUAAGGAUGUUUUGUUGCAUUCGUCAUUUGAAGAGUGGAGGGAACUCAGGAAGGAUCAUGAGAAGCUCUUUGGGCAUAUGCUUUUUAUGUUGGUUUUUCGAAAAUAAUUCAGAACAUUAUAUGAAGUUACAACAAACAAUUCUACCUGCUUAGGGUCAAACUUUCAUUAAUUGUAUUGCCUUAACUUUUAAAAAGCGUGCAGGAGGGUUGAUCCAGACUAUGACACAGGAAGAAGUGGGGGUUGGGGAGAAUUGACUCUUCCCUCUCCCCCAGGUAAAGCUUCUGUUUUCCCCAGGAUGGAAGGUUCUAUGGGCCUAAGUAGCAGCUUCAGAGACCUGAUCUGGGGAGUGGGAUUAUGGUGCAGAGGGGUGGGGCAGGGUCCUUCUUCCCUCUGUGUUGCAAUCCUGAUAUGUAUCUGAUGCCCUGUUUUUUGAAAUUUCAUUUCAUUUAAUAUCUCCCCCAUCCCCAGUGUUGACUGUAAUCUGGAUUGCCCUGGUGUGAAUGCACUAUAUGUGUGUGUAUGUAUAUGUAUAUAUACAUAAGUUUCAUUUUUUAUUUUUGUCAGAAAAGCUAAAGUUGGAUGCAUGUAAUAGAGAUCACAUGGUGGUAGUGUGGAAGUUCAUGAAAUUCUUUAUUUGCCUGCACUGGUGAUGGUGAUUCAUUUUGAGAUAUUUACACAGUUAUGUUAUUUGAGUAGGCAUUUAACUUUUAUUAUACUGAUGGCCUCUUUUAAAGGACCUAAAAGGGCUGAUCUAAAAUACCACAUUCAGCAAAAACUUCAGCAUGUGUUUCCUAGAAUCACCACUAGAUGGAGAGAGAGCACCAUAACCUAAGUAUGAGUCACUCCCCCCCCCCAUGAAUGUUAUUAAACACUUUUUCUUUUUCUAAAUACAAGAUAAAAUAUAGCCAAAGAGAGAAAAAAUACCAUUAAAAAUAUAGAGCUUAAUAUUUUAAAAAAUCAAUUCAUCUGCACAGGUUUUUUGUGCAUUUUUCAGAAAAUGAGCAUAGCAAAUCUAGAUGUGAGGUCAGCCUCACUAGUCCUAUCUUGUCUGUUGAGAGCAUGGAUUCUAAUUUGACAUGCUUCUUUUGUCUAAUUUACAAACUAGAAUUUGCAGUGUGUAGAAAGGAGGAGACUAGAGAUAGUUGCACAGAGACACACAUCAUUUAAAGUGAAACGUUGGAUGAAUUAUUGUUGACGAUUUGAUGUUCUCUGUGAAAGAGUUCAUAGAUAUGCUGACAUUCAUUAUGAUAAAUAUGCUCCAUGAAGAUUAACCUUAUAAAGUAAGCAUUACAAUCUCCCAGCUGAGCUGUGUCUAAUUAUCAGGAUCUUCCAUUUAAAACAAGGGGUCUUGCUUCUUAAAUAAGGUGUUUGAGAUCAAGGCAUCAGCCACUUUUUUUGCCCAACCAUGAGGUUGCUUAGUCAUUACUGGUUCAGUCCCAAUUAAUCUUAAAUGUACUCAUCAGCAAUCCGGGAUAGGAGUACCUCAUUUCUAGUCUAUUGAGUAAUGGCAUUGUCCAUGCCUUUUGAAAGUAGGAGAUUUCUUUAGAAUAGGAGUGGUGUUUACUUGUGUUUCAGGGCUUCUUCUAAUGGCAGUUGUGACAGGGCAGUGUGUACCUAAGAAUUCUCAGAAAUCUUGAGCAGCUUCAAAGCUGCUCCUAAGAUCAAAGUUAAGGGCAAAUAAGUCAGGUUUGAAAUGUAAGCUAUUACUCCAGUUGGGUCUGAAAAUACCUUUAAACUGUCACACUGGCCAUGCAACCAAUAUAUCAACCAUUGCAAAGAAAAUAGUUCAUUUUAUCACGCUAGAAACAUGUACACUCUAAAAAAGAGAAACCAGAUCUCCACCCCGCCCUUUUGUGGACAGCAUAUAUAAGAGGUAAUAGUAGGUGAAGUGGCGCAGCAGGGAAAUGCUUGACUAACAAGCAGAAGGUUGCUGGUUCGAAUCCCCUCUGCUACUAUAUCGGGCAGCAGCGAUAUAGGAAGAUGCUGAAAGGCAUCAUCUCAUAUUGCGUGGGAGGAGGCAAUGGUAAACCCCUCCUGUAUUCUACCCAAGAAAACCACAGGGCUCUGUGGGGUCAAAAUCGACUUGACGGCACACUUUACCUUUAGUAGGUGAAGUGAAGAAGUUUAUUUCAUUAUUUUGAAUUGCUACGCAAGGGGAAGAGAAUGAAGUCCCCUUCCCUUCCAGAGCAUUCAGAUUGGAUGUUGCAUUAUACAUGUCAUUGCUGAAUGUCAGGGUUUGUGUGGUGAGCUUUGCUUCACCUUAUCUCUGUGGAAUACUUGCUGCUGCUAUGGUACCUGUUUGUGUGAGAUGACACCCAGCCAUGACACCCCACCAGACGAGGGUGGCUUAGACCUGGCCCAAACCAUUGGGUGCUGCUUCUUCACACUAGUGGUUAGUCCAAUCAGACAUGCAUGUUGUUCAGGAUCCUGGCAGUAAACGCAGUACAAAAAUAACCUGUGUCUAAGCCUAGAAUGGUACAUUUGGAGCAGAAGGCCCAAGUCCAGGUUUCUGCUCCGCUCUGAAGUUUGUUGGAUCUUAGUCCCUCAUUCUGUUUCUCAGGGCUGUGAUGAGCUUGAAUUCCAUCUUCCUAAAGGAGAAAAGAGCAUUCAGAAGUCUAGGUACUUUGCCUUUGGCUUGGCUUGUUCUGCGCCUCCAAGACCAUGAAAACUAACAGACAAGUGACUGAAAAUUAACUGCAUUUAUUCUCACCCAAAUCUUGACAGCCUUUAGCAAACAGCAGUAAGAGACAAUUUCAGAGUUCAGGCACCAAGUUCUUGGCAUUGAUUAGAAAUUUGGCUGUCUGAAAAUCAAAAGCUAGCUAACUUCACACCUUUCUCCCCUUCCUGGCUUCCUCACUUCUCUCUUUUCUGUGGUUCCUUGAAGGUGUUGUUCCUUUAAGAUGUCUGUCCUUUGUUUCCUCAUCUUUCUCCUUUGUAUCCUGUCUUAGAGUCACCCACUCAACUUUGUCCCCCUGUUUGUCUCAAUAAUCAUUAGUCAUAGUAAAGCACUUUGUAGACUGGAAAGAGCUCCAGAAAUUACUCAUAGUAAUGUCAUCUAAAUACUUGUGCUCACACUGUUCUAAGUUGAGCUCACCUGUAGUCUCUGCUGGAUUUUUCUUUAGAUUUGCUCCAUGUGUUGAGACCUAGACAACUCUACUAUUGGUGGUCAGGACAGCAGUUGUUCCUCCUGGUGGACAUAAUACUACCUGGCAUGCUGUAGAGAAAUAGGUGGGCGUCCUGUGGCUGCAGCAUAGUUGUCUGGGCUACCUCUAAAAAGUAACUGACUGACAGAGAACUAGGAAAAGCAUACUUCUAGGCAUGCAAAACAUGCCUGACAGGUUCCAGAGCAUAAUGCAGGUAGUUCUGAGCCAACCAUGUGAUUGUCUAAGGAAUCGCCGGUGGUCUUGCACUUUUGAGCACAAGUGCAGAUACUUAGUUGUGCACCCACACCCUGGGAGUGCUACUUCCGUUGCUCCCAGUGUAAGUAGAGCUUGCGGAGUGUGGGUUUGCUACUUUAAGUAUUUGCGCUCUUGCACACCAGCAUUCCUUAGAUGCCUGCAGCAGUGUGGGCAGCUCAGAAACACCUGUGUUACUCUGCAGAACAUGGUUUUUUAAAAAUGUCACAACAUAAAAGAGGCUGAAAAUGCUCAUAGACUCCUUCCAGAUCUUUUCCACUCCCCAUAAAGAAAUUCUCAGAAACUCUACUAGGAGACAGCAGUGACGACUAAAGAGACCCACAUGUGUUAUAUAUAAUAGUUAGAAGUACCUUUUAAUGUUGAAAAGAACGUACUUUGAGAACAAAUGCUCCUCAGUUACUCUUCUAUUGUUUGCAGGCUACACAAGUGUUCUGUUUUUCCAUGUUUAGGUCAAGCUGUGUUAAAAAAUGUGGAAUGCAUGACUGAUGUUGUUUUGUCAUAAUUAUGCAUGAAUGUUGAUCUUUGAAGCUGCCUUACCUGAUUCCAUCCAUUUAUAUAAGGACAUGCCCUCCCAAGAACAUAACACUGACAUGUAAACCCCAGCCCCAAAAAGACACAUGCCUUCAUAUUAGCAUUAGAUGAUAGUAAUGAUUUACUACAGUGUUUUCCAGCCUUGGGUCCAGAGAUGUUGGACUACAGUUCCCAUCAUCCCUGGCCACAGUGGCCUUCAACCAUUGUGGCUGGUGAUAAUGGGAUUUGUAGUCCAACAACGUGGGGACCCAAGGUUGGGAAACCUUGAUUUACUGUAUUCAUAUAUAGAAUAAUAAAGCACUCCUAUGCACUUGCUGGAGUCUUGUAUUUCAGUGUAGUCCCUCAUUUUUUCAGCAUCAGGAAGGGUACAGAAGUGUGUAGGUGUGGUCAGAAAGUAAGGGAUAAGAACCAUUUUGCCACCCAGUGAAAUAUAACUCAGGCUGCAGUCCUAAUCACCAUUAAACACAGCGGGGCUGCAUCCCAAGUACUGCACAGAAAUGACACAAGUGUGGUUGUCUGUACUUCACAACACACAACUUUUGUGGAUCAUGUAUUUCUGGUCAAAUGACACUUCCACUGACUUUUAUGUAUACAUAUAGAUAAAAAGGGGAAAGGAGCUUAACCAACCUAUUUGCUUAUCCUAUUUUCCCUGGUGGAGGUAUGUACUGUAUGUGACAUAUUUUGAACACUAGCAAUGCACUAUUUUAAAUGCUAAGUAUUUUAUUAAAACAACUCAACUGCCUCUAAUUGUUGCAGAACUAGACUUUUUUUUUUAAAAAAAAUUGAUCAAUUGUAAAGGGAUACGAUUGAACACUUCUAACCAGAUCCUUUAGAGGACAGCCAAGAGCUAUAGCAGACUAAUUCACAUAACCAAAUUGGUGCAGUGAGAGUGUGGGUUGAAAAAAAUCUAAGAAACCUUCUUUAUGUGCUGGAGUGAUGGUGUGUCAUUCCUUCAGUAUCUGACUGGUGUGUAUACCUCCACAUAUGCUUACCAUGCUGCCAUAAAACUGCUCAAAGUGGACUGAAGGAGGUAUGGUAAAUGUGGGUUGAGAAGCUGGGUGCUCAUUGAAGCAACAGAUAUGUGAGAGUCUCUAUUGUUGGCCUUAAUGUUUUCAGACCAGGCCUGGAGCACUUUAAAGAUUUGUUCAAGCCACUUUCUCCAUUCACAGUAUUGGUUGUGUGUGCUGACUUUGAGAUGGCCAUGUAAACAGAUUAUUUUGCUGGAUGGAUGCCCAAAGGGAAUGAUGCUUAAAGGGCAGAUUACAGAACAAAUGUGUACCAACUCAAUUUAAAUAAGCACACAGCAUUGAUGUAACGAGUAAGGUAAUAUAUUUCCUUUCUUCUUUGUGACUGAGAAGUGUACUACAGGUGGAGAUAAAUGUAAUAUAAAGGUGUGUCAAAGCCAAUUCUCCAGCUCUCUGAAAGCCAACCCCCGCCCCCGACACACACACACACACACACUUUUAACAAAAAUGACAGUUAUGCAUUUAUUUAUUUAUUUAUUAUUUAUUCGAUUUCUAUACCACCCUUCCAAAAAUGGCUCAAGGCAGUUUACACAGAGAAAUAACAAAUAAAUAAGAUGGAUCCCUGUCCCCAAAGGGCUCACAAUCUAAAAAGAAACAUAAGAUAGACACCAGCAACAGUCACUGGAAGUACUGUGCUGGGAGUGGGUAGGGCCAGUUACUCUCCCCCUGCUAAAUAAAGGGAAUCGCCAUGUUAAAAGGUGCCUCUUUGCCAAGUUAGCAGGGGCUGAUUUGCAUAACAGCAAAUCAGCUGCUAGCACAGAUACUUAAGUGCAAAACUGCUUGGAGAAUGGGAAUGUUCUUGAUAACCUCAGUGGGGGGUGGGGGGCAACCAAUCAAUACUGUGCAUAGCCAACUUCUUUUUGAAACUUGCAGAACCAUCUUUUUCCCCCUCAGAACUUGGUCAUGGGGAAGGUUGAACACAUUUUGAAGAAAAAGUUGGAGGGAACAUUUGCACUGCAGUCUCAUUGCUCUAAAAUGUUAAGUGUAUCUUCACCCUCAGAUUCUGUCACACUCAGGAAGCCGCUGUGCUAUCUGCAGCAUUUGACUUGAUUUGGGACUCAGGUUCCACCUGCAGUAAAUCUCAGGGCUUUGUCUAAUUUUAAAAAAGUUAGAUGUAAAUAUCACAUAAUAUGGCUUUUUGUUUAUGUUUCGGUCUCUGUGUAUAGGUUGUGUGUACCAAUAUCAAUAUCCAAAACAAUUACAGCAUUUGACACUUUGAGACGUUAUAAUUCCUGAAAAUGUAUGACAUUGUUAAAUACAUGGCCAGUAUGAUUGAGAAAUAUAAACCCUAUCGAGCUUUGCUGAAAAUGUAACAUUUGCUAUAAAAUACCCAUGUCUCCUUUUAAACAACAUGUAUUGUAUAAUCUUGUAUGGCCUUAAGAAAAGUUGUCUAAAUACACAAUAAAGUUUGUCAGUUCAGGCUGAAAUGUCUCUUCGUUGGAAAAAGCUCUCUAGCAAGUAGAAAGUUUGUGCCCACUCAUGUUGUAUCAUUAGCACUGAGUUAAAGCAAAUAGAGAGUAGGCUCUGUGGAGAAGGACUCUAUUUUGAUGCAAAUAUAUGUGAACUCAUAAAAGUGAUAAGUACAAAUAUCAUAGGUUACCUCCUAAGUAAAACCCAGGCUCUACAA